AUGCUUGAUCACAACUCGCUGGAAGGAUACAGCGCGACGCCCGGCCUGCUGCGGGAUGCCCAGCACGCUCGCGAGGCCGCCGUCCACCAGCUCGCGUCGCCCUCGGCGCGGGCGAUCAUCGAGCUGGCGAUGCUCAAGCUGCUGAACGCCACCCCGGACUUGCUGAAGCGCGAGGUUCUGCCCUUCAUAGAGGACCUGCAGGACUCCAAGGACGUGGAGUUGCAGCAGCGGUCGUGCGAGAUGCUGCGGCUGGUGCGGAACGAGGACAUGCUCGAGGAGGUGAUGCAGCCCAUGCCGCAGUACGCGGAGGCGGUGCAGCAGAACAACCCGCUGAUAGCUCGGAGGGGGCCCGGGCGCCGGGCUGGAGGAGCUCCGGGUUGCGCUCGACAACAUGUCCGCGUCCCCUCGUUGCGCGAUCCGAGUGGGGGAUCGACUGCAUGAUCGAUUAGCCCCAAAAAUCAGUUCCCUUG